UUCCAAAUCACUUAAAAUCCCCAAUUCAACCCUAAAAAUCCAAUCUUUCUCCAAAUUCUCAAAAUCAUGGCCGACGCCACACUGAUUUCCGACGAUCUUCCGCCCGAACAUACCACUGAUUUGGAUUACGGCCUUUCAGUUCCGCCGUUUGACUCCGCCUUCUUUUCCCAGCAGUUGAUCGAUGAUGGUGGCGCCAUUGGGGGUGAAAAUCAUGUUGUCGACGAUUUGGAUUUGGAUUUCUCAUUCGAAGAUCUCUACAUUCCAUCCGCCGAAGAGCUCGACGACCUCCUCCCUUUCCAGUUUCAGGAGUUCGGAGACGGAGCUAAUCUCCGGCAAUUUCAACCGAAUUCCAACCAAUUGGACGCUGUUUUCAAAACAAAUUGUCCAGAAGUGCGUCGCGGUUCCGGCGAUCACAGCUCCGAUGGCUCCGGGGUUCUAGAUUCCGGGUCGUCGCAAUUGGAGUCUCAUCAGAUUUCCGGCUAUCUCAAUAUUCCAUCAGAAUCGGACGGAUCGAAUGGAGGAACUUCUGAAAAUUGCGGCAGUGGAGUGAACGUGUCGGAUUGUCCUUCGCCGGAAACUAGUGCUUCGGGGAAUUGCGGCUCUAAUGUCUCUGAGGACUCCAAUGAUCGUGCUGCAAAUUCGGUGAGUUCUUCUCCACAUAUGAAUAAGAGGUCGACUAGAAUUGGUGUUGUUGAUCAGAAAAUAGAGCCGCCUAAAAUCAAUGUUAGUAGCUCUUUGUUGAAAAGGAAAAAGGGUUGUGAAGAGUUGCCUAAUAAUAAUGUGGAUUCCGGGAAUAAGCUUAGAAAAUCUAACUGUAACUCAGAAAUUAACCCAAAUGUCGAGGCGAGCGAUGACGACGAGAAAAGGAAGUUGAGGUUGAUAAGAAAUAGAGAGAGUGCCCAAUUAUCCAGACAGAGGAAGAAGAAUUAUGUUGAGGAGUUAGAGGAGAAGGUGAAGAUGAUGAAUUCGACGAUUCUAGACUUAAACUCGAAGAUUUCGUAUUUUAUGGCGGAAAAUACGACUCUCCGGCAGCAAAUGAGUGGAGGUGCAGUCCCGCCUUCGCCAAUGGCGCCUCCUCCUCCUGGGAUGUAUCCAGCGAUGAUGUAUCCAUGGAUGAUGUAUACUCCACCUUAUAUGGUGAAACCACAAGGUUCUCAAGUGCCUUUGGUGCCUAUCCCUAAGUUGAAACCUAAGCCAGCAUCACAAAUUCCCAAGUCAAAUAAGAAGGCCGAGGGCAAGAAACAAUCGGGGCUAAAGACGAAAAAGGUUGCUGGCAUCAGUUUUCUUGGUUUGUUGUUUUUCAUCAUGUUAUUUGGAGUAUUGGCACCAAUGGUCAACGUGAGGUAUGGAGGAGUCAGGGAGACAUUAAAAGGUGGGGAAAGCUAUGCUGGAGGUGGGUUCUAUGAGAAACAUCAUGGGAGGGUUUUGAUGGUGAAUGCGAGUGAGGCUGAUGGAAGAUACAGUAGAAGCCUGCGAUGUGAUCAUGAUAAACCUGUUGUCGAUGGUUGUAUUCAAUUCUGUAAUGAGAGUGAGCCUCUUGUUGCGUCGUUAUAUGUUCCCAGAAAUGAUAAGCUUGUUAAGAUAGAUGGUAACUUGAUUAUACAUUCAGUUUUGGCGAGUGAGAAAGCCUUGUCCUCUCAUAAGAUUGGUGGUGAUGAGACUGGUAGUGCAGUUCCCGGAGCUCUAGUUCCUUCUAGCGCGGUUCCCAGUGUCCGAACAAAUGGUGCUAGGCUUCCCCAACUACCAGCUCUUGCUUCUGGCUCAGCUGACAAGGAUAUCAGGAAACCAGAUGUCAAGAUUCAGCAAUGGUUUCGUGAAGGCCUUUCUGGGCCAAUGUUAAGCUCAGGUAUGUGUACUGAAGUUUUCCAGUUUGAUGUAUCACCGGCUGCUACAUCAGGAGCCAUAGUUUCUGCCACCACUGCCAGAAACAUAUCUGAACAGCGAAACCACAACCUCACACACAUCAACAAGGCAACGAGUCGUAGAAUCCUUCGUAGUCUUCCAGUACCUCUUCCUGAAUCCUCUCGUAACAUUUCCAGACCACACAAAGGAAGAAAUUCACAGAAAGAGAACUUGAAAGGUAUCAGUUCUUCAUCUUCGAUGGUGGUUUCUGUGCUCGUUGAUCCUAGAGAGGCGGGUGAGGCGGACAUGGAUGGUGUGAUGGGGAAGAAGUCCCACCAGAGAAUUUCUGUCGUUGUCUUGAUUGACAGCGUCAAGUAUGUCACUUAUUCAUGCAUCCUUCCGUUUAAGAGUUCUGCUCCAUAUCUAGUAGCUACUUGAUAGUGAAAAUAGGGCCAGUGUUUUACAAAUAAUUUGCUUCCAGUGAGUUAGUUCUUAGAUUGUACAAAUAACUUAUUUCCCAUGUACUAUCUCACAAAUCAUUAUCUAUUGGAGUAUUUUGAUGAAAAUUUGUCA